AUGUCUUUAAACGUUGGGGAAACCAGGACCGACUCCCCACCCAAGAAGCGUUUCUCCGUCCGCCUUAUUCGUGGCAACUGGUGUCAAAGAAUCAAAAGGCUCAAAAAGAUCUUGGCCGAUCUCCGAGCUGACAUGCGUUUCAGCCUUUCACCCGCCCGCCCUGAUAGCGGCACCCAUGAAGAGGUCCUGAUUCAGCAUGCCAACAAGUCAGAAGAUACCAAUCAGCCAGAGAAUAUCACCAAGCCAGAGGAUGCCACCAAGCUAGAGGAAGACAAUGAGCCCCACGAAGCUCCGGCAGCAGGUUUCACCGAGCAAGCUCCAAAGAAAGAAGACGAGUAUACCCCAGCCAAACACCCUAACUGGCAUCCUAGUCAAGUCAGGAGUGGAAGUAGAAUCACCACAGCCGGCAAAAAGUAUUACAAGUAUUUGAGGGUUCCCCCAAAUUCCCCGGAUAGAGGCGGAGUCGACACGAGUCUCAAGUACCAGAAAAGAGUUGAUGCUAUCCGCGAUGAAAGCCUCAAGCGUCCGUUCAUUGGCCAAAAGACCAACGAAACUUGGAACGAUAAGCGUGGCGAUCUACUUCUCGACCGAAAGAAUUACAAUCUUAUAAUGAUGGAGCGAAUGCAAAACGAGCUACGUCGCUUACUGAGUACUUUGACUUGCAAAUGCAUCUCCGUGGCAGGCGUAAUGCGCCAAGACGAAGCCGUUCAGGCAGUGGAACCGAGGGAGGCUCCAGCUAAGAGAGUGGCUUCCCGGAAGGCAAAGGAGAUUGCCAAGGAACAUUGUAUCGUGCAGGGAAAGGAUACCAUCGAAGACAAGCAGGAUCUACCCACCAAGGCAGAUCUGGAAGUUUGA